CCCCAUCUGCUGUUUUAGCAAUAGCAGUUACCCUACUCGCUAGUCUUGGUUGUAGUGAACGACUAGGUACUAGCCUAACUAGGUCAGUACUCCCGGAAGUAGGUCACUAGGACUAACUAGAUGCUAGUAUAUUUUCGCAUACAGCUAGCAAGCCUCCGACUCUGCCGCGUCGUUUACGUCCGUGGGAACAGCAGACACUUCUUUCCUUUGCCAGUACCAGUAGUACCAGUAGUGCCAGUACGUCCACGCAGCUCGCUACACCUUGUGGAUCAUGGAGAGCAUAAGAUAAUAAACUCAGUGUAGCUCCGGACGGAAGCGACAAACAUAAUCACUCCAGUCCUGUUCUCUUCUGCUCAACACGCAUCGUUUCCGUGUAUAUCUACGCUCUACUUCAGUUCAGUAUUUGCGUGUAGCAGCGGCUACUACUAGAGCCUACUACUUCUACUACUACUAAGUACUAGCCAAGGACGAAGGACUUACGUGAUGAGACUAUCACUAUCAUAGGUGUGUGUCCGUGCGUUCAGAUUUCACAACCUACUUGCAUGAUUGUACACAUCGCCAAAGACGGAGUACUCUGGUUCCAUUCUCUAGCUGAUUCGCUAGCUAUCGCCAGUUGUCCGCUCUGGUGGUAGGGAGUCUAGUCUGAUUCAGUACAGGCAGUGCAGCGAUAGCGGGCAGGUGUUAUUCGAAGAGUCCAAAGCCAAAGGGACGUCAUUGAGAAACUGGGCCGCAGGGUCACAGUGAACACCCGCAUCUCCUGUAAACAAGAUAGUGCUAAAUGAACACAACGUAAGACAUGCUACAGAGAUUGUGAAGCUGAGAAAUGGAUGAUGACGAAACUUCAGCCAUCACCCCAGUGUCCACAUCCAUGGAUUCGCCGUCAGCACUGGCAGGAGACCAGCAAGUAUCCGCAAGUGUCUCCUCUACAUCAGCAGCAUUACCAAUACCAGCAGAAAGUGUAGGGGAUUUCCCUUUCACACACCCCAGUGCAAACAGUCCAGCAUCAUCAAUAACUAGUUUUGUUGAUACGUACGUACAGCAUGCAACACAGCAUAGCCACAGCAGCAGCACCAUCGGUGGUGACAACAGCAACUUCACGUAUCCAGUUCAGGAUGCAGCAGCGUAUGGUCAUCGUCUACAGAAACCAAUCACUGUAUCACGUAUGUUGGAGAGGAUACAACCAACAACAGCAUCAGCUCAGUUUGUUCGUAAUGUUGUCUCAUCCACUGGUGGUCACUGUGACCUGUCUCAACUAUCGUCAGAGCUGGACGCUGACUUCAUCUCGUCUGGUCCUGGGCAAGUGGAGAGUCAUAGCUUAUGGCCACAACGAGCACCGGCAUUAUCCGAAGCAAGAACAACUCUAUCAGAGGCUGACAUAGAACCAAAUACAGCAUACGCCAGAAUUGCAGAACACGAUGCAGAUCUCUCAUCAUGUCUUCCUCUGGCAUGUCCGUCAUCGUCAAGUUUGGAUCCAAUUCGUGAUAAUCUAUACCUUGCAGCAACAAGUGGCAGUUAUACAGCUGUACUGCAAGAUACCAUACCACCCUUGUCUUCCAUCACAUCACCUACAUAUUACCAACAUCACAAACACAGCCCGCAACAGCAACAACAGCAACAACAACAACAGCAGCAACAAGAGCAGCAGCAGGACCACCAGAACCUGCAGCAGCACCACCAGCAGGAACAGUAUCACUACCAGCACCUCAAGCAGCGGGACCAGCACCACCAGCAUCAGCAGCAUCAGCAGCACCAGCAUCACCAGCAGCAACACCAGCAGCAGCAGCAGCAUCACCACCAGCAGCAGCACCAGCAGCAGCAGCAGCAGCGGCACCAGCAGUAUCAGCAGCAGCAGCACCAACAGCAGCAGCAGCGGCACCAGCAUCACGAGCAGGCCGGACAGCAUCACGACUUCCAGUCGUCUUCUUCACAGAUGUUUUCAAGGAUUCCAUUGUCGACGGAUGUUGGCACACGAUUUUCAGACUUCAGCCAAUCCUCUCCUGGCCGCCAGAGUCAUGGUGAACUCCAGCAGCAGCCACCAGUGCUUGCAUUUCCACAUCAUCCAGGCAAAGAACAAACUUUGCCUUCAGCCACAGCAGACACCGUAACAGCAGCAACAACAGUAUCAGCGCGCAGAGCAGCCAAUAGCCAAUCAGCAAGAUCCGUAACAACACGAGCCAAUGUAGCAUCAACCCGGGCUGCAGUAGUAAGUGAUGACAAGCGUUUUCAGCCACCUCGGAGACUUGCACCAGAAACACGGUUGACUGAGAAGACAGCUGUGUUGGCGAGAAGAAGAUUAAGAGCGUCUUCAGCCAUGACCACCUCUUCAUCGCUUUUGCCAGAAAGUCGAGUAGCAAGUGUGAGAGGAAGAUCAGCUGCAAGGUCAAAGCCACGACAUCAGCAAUAUCCUGCAUCUGUAGAACGGCACGCACAUUCCUUGAGCACACAGUCACCGUUGAUACAAACAUCAUCAUCAACAUCAUCCUCAUCAUCACCAGCAGUAGCAACACCAGUAGCAGUGCCAGCAGCAGCACCAACAUCAUCUUCUUCACAAGCAGCACGAUCACUAUCAUCAUCACCAGUGACAGCAGUAGCAUCUUCAGCACCCGUAGCAGCAGCACCCGCACAAACAGCAGCAACACCCGCACCAGCACCAGCAGCAGCAGCAGCAGCACCAGCAGUACCAGCAGCAACACCACCCGCAGCAGCACCAGCACCCGCAGCAGCACAACCAGCACCAGCAGCAACACAACCAGCAGCAGCCAUAGCGGAGGUCCCACCACCCAGCUACAGUUUUUCAUCUGAGUAUGGGUCCAAUGCGGUAGUGGAAGCUCUUCAACAAGGAUCAUUACAGCCCUACAUAAUACAACCUUCUCAGUACGUUAUGCUACAGGACCAAAGUGUACAGUGUAGUCAACUACAACCACACUUAAAACCACAACAUCAACAACAGCAGCAGCUACUACCCGUACAACAGAAAUUACAGAAGCAGCAGCAACAACAGCAGCAGCAACAACAGCAGCAGCAGCAACAGCUACUAAUCGUGCAGCAACAACAGCAGCAGCAGCAACACCAACAGCAGCAACAACAGCAACACCAACAACAGCAACAGCAGGUGCAGCAGCAACUGCAGCAGCCCCAACAGCAGCAGCAGCAGCAGCAGGAACAACCACAACAACUGCAGCAGCCGCAACUGCAGCAGCAGCAGCACCAGCAGCAACAACAGGAGCAGCAGCCUGGACAACAUGAACAACAACAACUGCAGCAGGAGGAGGAGGAGGAGCAAGCUGGCUUCACACCAUCACCACCAGUUGGAAAUCCCUUGACAUCAAAUGUAUCUCCAAACCACCAUCUCGUUGGUCUUGUUCCAACGUCAGUUCAACCCUCAUCACUGGCAGAAAAUGUUGCUUUCCUAUCAUCGCUGAGUUAUGCUGAUUCCUGUCCAACCCCAAUGUUGGCAAGAUCCACAACAUCAGAAACAUGGAAACCAGUAACUGCAGCAGCAGCUUCUGCCCUGCCAGAAACACCAGCAGCAGCACCAGUUGCACAGCCAUCAGAAGUAGCAGCAGCGGCACCACCGCCUGGUCCCAACCUACCGCCUGAUUCCAAUGCACCUCCAUAUCAUCCAUACCCACAGCGUACUCCAUCAUGUGCACAACUUGGUUCAAACACACAGCCGAGUACGUACUCAGAAUACAUGGAGUUACUACAACAUGAUCAGCAGUCACAGACUGAUCCCUACACGCAACACAGCGGUCCAAGUAGGCCGCAUUAUCCGUAUGCACACCACAACUUGUACCCACAGCAUGCAUUCUACCAGCAAGCUGGUCUUUAUCCACAGCAUGCAGUCUACCAACAAGCUGGCCUAUACCAACAAGCAACCCCGUAUCAACAAGCUGGUCCAUACCAACAAGCAACCCGUUGGCAGCAAACCGGUUCAUACCAACAGACCAGUCAUCAUCCACAGAGUACAUUCUACCAGCAAGGCAGUCCAAACCAACAAUCAACGCCAUACUCGCAAGGCAGUCCAAACCAACAACUUCAAGCCAGUCCAAACCAACAAGCAAUACGAUGCCGACAAGCAGGCCCAUACCAGCAAGGCGGUCCAAACCAGCAAGCAGCUCCGUACCAACAAUCUACCCCAUACCCAGAAGCAGCUCCAUACCAACCGAGCAGUCAAUAUCCGCAACACAUCAUGUGUCCGCAGAUAGAGACAUUCUCACAAACAUCUUUGCACCAGCAGCCCGGUCCGUAUCCUCAGGAGAGCACAGUUCAACAGCCACACGAAUACACAUCGAGAAAUCUCCCUCCCACAAUGAUGUCAUCGGCAACUCCAGCAUUACAUCAUAGCGUCCACCUUCCGUCUGGACAGGCCGACACUGCUAUGGUUUCCCAUACAACACGUACUGGACAACGUUCAGCAGAGGUUGGUAAAGACAAUCCGUUUGACCUGGAUAGGUUUGUGUGUGACAUUCAACCAUGGCUGAACAAAGUUGACGCAGAUCGACUGCGAAAGGCAGUGAUCAAGAAACAUCUCAUAACUGACAGCACAUCAAUAGAGAGACUAAAGAGAAUUCGGUCCCGGGAUGGACAAUCUGAUCAUAAUGAGGAGAUCAUCCAAUUGCUCAGAGCUGGUGGCCUAAAGACUUAUCGUGAUCUCUGUGUUGUCAUUGAGGAACUUGGGUAUGUGGACAAGAGCAAGGAAAUGCUCUCCAUUUUGUCCCACACAGGUGGCAAGUCCCUAUCAACGGAAUGUGAAGAUGUGGAUGAUGUACCUUCACAAGUACUACAUGCACAGAAACUACUCAAGGAUCAAUAUUGCCGUGCCAAGGAUACCUUUGCUAGUGAAAUGCUCCCGGUUGGUGUAUCUCCAACUGUUGAACACGUUGAAGCCAACUUUGUGAUGCUGAACAAGUCCAGUCUGAGUAAGGAGUUCAAACAAAACAACUUUGUUGCAUCAAGCUAUGAUAUGUGGAGAGUUGAGCAUGCUUUCACUGAUGCUGGUGAGAAGAUGACAUCAGUUAAAUUGGAGUCUCUUGGUAACAACACGAUGAAAGACAAUACAACACAACAAGGAGACACGCUGGGAACAAUGGCGGUAGCCAGUGCAGGAUGUGGCAAGACGUUUGUAUUUACCAAGGUUGCACCUCUACGAUGGGCGAUGGGCCAGCUGUGGAAACGCAAGAAACUGGUUGUGGCAAGGGAGUUACGUCGUAAAGAUGUGCAUGAUGCUGAAUCACUGAGUGAGCUGCUGUAUCUUAAAGGAAUCGGCAUCGAGGACAGUCAUGACCGCCAAGUAAUCUGUGCUUACGUACGUCAGCAUCCUGAGUGCCUAACGCUUAUCCUGGAUGGCUUGGAUGAGACCAAACUGUCUGAUUUGAGCAGCUUUCUUCAUCGCGUAAUAGCUGGGCAUGAGCUACCGGGUGCUCAUAUUCUUGUCACAUCGCGGCCCUGUGCCGAUGCCUUCAGCCUUUCAGCAUUGCCUUUCUAUCGACAACAUGUCGAACUGGUUGGCUUCCGUCCAGAUGAUGUUAAAACCUAUAUUAAGAAAGUCCUCCGACCAAAGAAGGCCAGCGAGCUCAUUACUGAAGUUGAACGUUCUUCAUAUUUGCAGGGGAUGAUGGCCACACCGUUCAUUGCGAAGGAAGUGUGCAUCCAGUACCACUGUUCAAAUCACAUCCCGCGAUGCUUAGCCGAUCUCUUUGACCAGAUGAUAAUUCAGAUCCUUGAACGCAAAAGUGGGAACAGUUACAAGCAGUGGAGUUCAAUACCGAAGCAAAUCCGUAAUUCAGUGUUUGAGAUUGGAGAGUUUGCGUUCAGGAUGCUUGUGAAGAAGCAGCUGAUAUUCGAUGAGAGCGACAUCCAGCAGCAUUCGGUCAGUCAAGAUGCGAUGCGGCUUGGUCUUCUUGUGACUGAUGAAGAGUCACCUUCCAGGAAGGAACUCAGGCAGUAUCGCUUCAGCCACCUUACAGUGCAAGAAUACCUAGCUGCCCUCUUCCAAGCGCACCACAAGCCAAUGACUAAAAACAGGAUCACACGACUCGUUGAAUGUCUUGGUUCAGAAAGUGCGCACAUGAGAACGUUCUGGUUUCUGCUGUGUGCCCAGCUGGAAACUGUGCGCCAGGCUGACUGCUUGGUGAACGCAUUGCUGACCAAGGAGAAAACAACAGAAUGGGAUGGGGACAUGGACGAGCUUGAGGUACUUCUUUCCGAUGAGUUUCCACUGAACUUCAUCUUGCCAAUGUUAGAUGUUCUGAACGCUUCAUCGAGAUGUCAACUUGCAGAGGAACUACUGCGUGAUCGCUUUGGUGGUCAUGGUGCAAGUGAGUACAUUGAAUCAAAGAUCAGCAAAGAAUGUGCUGUAUCUACUACCCACGACGAUGUGACAUAUCUGCGAUUUGCUCUGCUUGAAUGGCAAAACUCAGCUGCUAAAGCCACUACAGACAGUCUUCUGCAGUCUCUGGGAAAUGUCAGUCCAGAGCUUCGUCAGCAUUGUGAGGAUAGUCUUGGUGGACAGUACAUGAAUACUGAUGGCUCAAGUCUACAGGGUUAUAAAGUAAGUAAGUCACGUCAGAUUCUUGCAUACCUGUGCUACUCAGAGCUUGUUAACCAUCAGAAGAUGAACAAUUGCCAGAUGCCAUCUAUCAGAGCAUUACUUGCUUCCAACCAACUCGUCAUAGAUGGCAAUUCACAUCCAGCUGAACACCGUGCCAUUGAUACAGCACUGCAACAUCAUCCUGAUGCUGUACAGCGUGUGGCAGUGGAUGACUGGUCAUCAGACCACUCAGAUCAGUUCCCACGCUCACUAGGUCAGUGUAGUGGAAUAAAAACGCUAUACGUGUUUAGAGUGAUGGAGGACACUGCAGUUUCUGAUACGAUUCAACAGUGCAUUCAGGCGUCUCAUGAAAGUCUACACGUACUGCACCUGGUCGAGUGUACUGAUAAUAUCGUGGCCAACGCCAUUCUUGCUGUCUCAUCCUGUAAACAACUUGAGGACAUCGAAGUGGGUCGGUGCGAACCUACACCCAUUACUGGAGUUACCAUGGCGAAUGCACCGUCUGCGAUGACAAGUGUCACUUCUAUCACCAUGACGGAGAUAAAUGACCCGGGCGUUAGUGCCACCACCCUGUCAACAUUAAAAAACCUAACAUUACUAUCUCUUUGGAACUGCGGACUAACAGCAAGAUCACUACCUGCCAUUAUCAAUGCUCUACAGUGCUUGCCACAGCUGGAGAAGUUGUAUCUUAGUGGAAAUGACUUGAGUGACAUGAAUGCAGAUUAUGCUACCACCCUGCCUUUGGUCAGCCUGCAUCUCACAAACCUCAAUAUCAGUGAUUGUGACCUCACAGUAAGAUCACUACCUGCCAUUACUCCAAUUCUACAGUGCUGUUCACAGCUGCAGGUGUUGUAUCUUAGGGGAAAUGACUUCAGUGACAUGACUGCAGAUGAUGCCACCACCCUGUUUGUGACCAGCCUAUCAGCAUGCAACCAUCUCACAUGGCUGGAUAUCUGUAAUUGUGGCCUCCCAGCAACAGCACUACCUGCCAUUACUACUGGUAUACAGUGCUGGACACAGCUGGAUAGGUUGUACCUCCAUAGCAAUGACUUCCAUGAUGUCACUGCCAGCCAGGCUACAGACUUCAUUGCAGCUGUGAACAACCACACAAAUAUCUCAGAACUCCUCAUGAUUGCUGAUGAAGAGAUGGAAGAUGAAGAGAUGGAAAAUGAGCACUACACCCGACUGCUAUCACCUCAGUCAUACCUCAAGGACUUGGAAAUUAAGGACUUUGUGGGUUCCGAUGACAGCAAUGACAGCAACAGCAGUAGCAGCUAUGACAGCAACAGCAGUAGCAGCUAUGACAGCAACAGUAGUAGCAGCUAUGACAGCAACAGUAGUAGCAGCUAUGACAGCAACAGCAAUAUCAGCUAGGACACUAACGGCAUUAGCAGCUAUAACAGCAACAGCAGUAGCAGCGAUGACAGCAACUGCAGUAGCAGCUAUAACAGCAAGAGCAGUAGCAGCUAGGACAUCAACAGCAGUAUCUGUAGUGAUGACCGCAACAGCAGUAGCUGUAGUGGUGACACGGGUGAAAGAUAUAUCCGAAUUGAUGAUUACAUGAGCAGUGGAAGCCAUUACAGCAGCAGCAGCAGCAGCAAUAUCAGCAACAGCGAUGACCACAGUACCAGUGGUCACAAUUGCAGCAACUGCAGUAGCAGCGGCAAAGGCACAGCAAGCAUGCAGUACUAGUACUACCAACAACAAUAGCAGCAGCAGCAACAGCAGCAGCAACAGCAACAGCAGAAACACAGCAGCGACAGUAGCAACGGAUAUGACUUCAGCUGCAGCGAUAGCAGCGGAUAUGAUUUCAGCUCCAGCGAUAGCAGUGGAUAUGACUUCAUCAACAGCAGUAGCAGUGGAUGUGACUUCAGCAGCAGUAGCAGCGGAUUUGACUUCAGCGAAAGCAGUAGCAGCAGAUAUGACUUCAGCUGCAGCAGUUGCAGCAGCAGAUAUGACUUCAGCUGCAGCUGUAGCAGCGGAUAUGUCUUCAGCAACAGCAAUAGCAGUGGAUAUGUUUUCAGCAGCAGCAGUAGCAGUGGAUAUGUCUUCAGCAGCAGCAGUAGCAGCGGAUAUGACUUCAGCAGCAGCAGUAGCAGUGCAUAUGUCUUCAGCAGCAGCAGUAGCAGCGGAUAUGACUUCAGCAACAGCAAUAGCAGCGGAUAUGACUUCAGCAACAGCAGUAGCAUUGGAUAUGCCUUCGGCAACAGUAGCAGCAUCAGUGACCGUAGCAACAGCAGUACCAAAGGUGAAGGAAGCAACAGCUGUACCAGAGAUAACCAUAGCAACAACUGAAGCAGUGGUGAUGGCUGCAACACAGACAGUGGUAUCAACAACAGUGGUGGCGAUGCUCACUGCAAGUGUGUGAAUUCGUUGCCGACAUUUGGUGACAUGGGUAGCAACGUCAGAGAAGUGCAAAACCUGGACUUGAAAGAACUCGCAUUCUAUUUGCAACGUCUUCCCGGUCAAUACACAUCCGCAAACUCUCGAUGCCUUCAAGCAGGAGUUGUUCUCCGAGGCCGAGAAGCUCGUGCGAAUUACGUUUCCCGAGAAAGUGUUGGAGCUGGAUGCCCUUAUCAAGUCUGACUUGUUCAAGAUCGACAAUGCUGAGU